GUUGGCACUGCUGUUUUAUUGGUGAAAAAUCACGAUCUUUUACGUUGAUGUUUGUGUGACACUGAGAGGCAGAGGGGAGGAGCAAUGGAGACUCAGGACGGCGGGAGCAAUGACAUAGAGAACAUCGAGGGUGCACGGAGGGAGAUGGAAAGGAAUGCAUCAGGAUUUUAUGAGAAUGAGAAUGAUGCAGGAAGUGUGAGGCAGCCGCUGCUGAGGAAGCGCACCAUGAAUACCACCUCCCAGAUCGCCAUUGUCGGUGCUAAUGUCUGCCCCAUCGAGAGCUUGGACUACGAGAUUGUGGAAAAUGAUCUUUUCAAGCAAGACUGGCGGUCAAGGAAAAAAGUUCAAAUAUUUCAGUAUGUCCUCCUCAAGUGGACUCUUGCUCUUUUGAUUGGAUUGGCAACAGGGAUCAUUGGCUUUCUUAACAAUCUUGCAGUUGAGAACAUUGCUGGAUUGAAAUUGCUGCUAACGAGUAAUCUCAUGCUCGAGAAUAGGUAUUUUACAGCGUUCUUAGCCUAUGGUGGCAUCAACCUAAUUUUGGCAGCGGCGGCAGCUGCACUCUGUGCUUAUGUUGCACCUGCAGCCGCUGGGUCUGGCAUACCUGAAGUGAAAGCAUAUCUAAAUGGAGUUGAUGCUUACUCCAUACUAGCUCCUAGCACGCUCUUCGUGAAGAUUUUUGGGUCAAUUGGUGGGGUUUCUGCCGGAUUUGUAUUGGGUAAGGAAGGACCUAUGGUACAUACAGGAGCAUGCAUUGCCAACUUACUUGGACAGGGUGGAUCUCGCAAGUAUCAUCUAACAUGGACAUCGCUCAGAUACUUCGAAAGUGAUAGGGAUCGACGAGAUCUCAUAACCUGUGGAUCUGCAGCAGGAGUAGCAGCUGCUUUCCGAGCACCUGUUGGUGGUGUUCUCUUUGCUCUUGAAGAAGCAGCUUCUUGGUGGCGGAGUGCUCUUCUGUGGAGAACAUUCUUCACAACCGCUAUUGUAGCUGUAGUAUUGCGAGGCUUAAUAGAGUACUGCCGCAGUGGAAAAUGUGGACUAUUUGGCAAGGGAGGAUUAAUAAUGUUUGAUAUCAGUUCAAAUGUUUCCACAUACAGUACUCCUGAUUUGAUAGCUGUAAUAGUUCUUGGAGUCAUUGGAGGUGUAUUCGGAGCCCUCUUCAAUUAUCUGCUCGACAGGAUCCUUCGAACUUACAGCUUUAUAAACGAGAAAGGUGCUCCGUUCAAGAUUCUACUCACUAUCACCAUAUCGAUCCUCACAUCUUGCUGCUCCUACGGGCUACCUUGGCUUGCCAAGUGCACUCCAUGCCCCAAGGAUCUUGAAGAGGAGUGCCCAACCGUUGGCCGCUCAGGAAACUUCAAGAAUUUCCAUUGUCCCCCAGGUUAUUACAAUGAUCUUGCUUCACUGUUCCUCAACACCAAUGGUGAUGCCAUCCGUAAUCUCUUCAGUGGUGGCACUAGUAAUGAGUUCCAUACGUCUACUCUUUUUCUAUUUUUUGCUGCAAUUUACGGCCUCGGACUUGUGACAUAUGGCGUUGCUGUACCUUCUGGUCUCUUCAUUCCUGUUAUACUUGCCGGUGCUACCUAUGGUCGAAUCAUUGGGACUCUUUUGCGUCCCAUCUCGGAUCUCGAUGCCGGUCUCUUUGCCCUUCUUGGAUCGGCAUCUUUUCUUGGUGGAACUAUGAGAAUGACAGUCUCUGUCUGUGUUAUUCUCCUCGAACUGACUAAUGAUCUUCUAAUGCUCUCAUUGGUUAUGCUAGUUCUUCUUAUAUCCAAGACCGUCGCUGAUUGCUUUAACAAGGGAGUCUACGACCAGAUUGUUAUGAUGAAGGGCUUGCCUUACAUGGAGGCUCAUGCAGAGCCUUACAUGAGGCACUUGGUUGCAGGGGAUGUUGUCUCAGGGCCUCUCAUUACCUUUUCUGGCGUGGAGAAGGUGGGAAACAUAGUAGAGGCAUUAAGAUUGACUGGUCAUAAUGGAUUUCCAGUGAUUGAUGAGCCCCCAUUCUCAGAUGCUCCUGAGUUGGUUGGGCUAGUGUUGCGAUCUCAUUUGCUCGUUUUGCUGAAAGGAAAGAGAUUUACGAGGGAAAGGGUGAAGACUGGGGUAAAAGAGAUCUUACAAAGGUUUGGUGCCUUCGAUUUUGCUAAAGCUGGAUCGGGUAAAGGACUGAAGUUUGAAGACUUGAAUAUCCUCGAAGAGGAAAUGGAUAUGUUUGUUGAUCUCCAUCCAAUUACAAAUAGAUCACCCUACACAGUGGUUGAGACAAUGUCAUUGGCCAAAGCUGCUGUCCUAUUCAGAGAGCUUGGGCUUAGGCAUCUUUGUGUUGUGCCAAAGACUCCAGGGUGAAGUAUGGAAGUGAUCAACAAUAUUUCUUGCUGAGGAGUCGGUGGAAGAUACAUAUUAGAGUCCAGUGGAACAAUCAUAUGGCGAGAGCAGCAGUUCUUGGUGCCCAUCUUGCGAGCUGCCGCUGUAGGAUGGGUGAACCUAGUUUUGCUUAACAGAAAGGGAAAAUAAGAGCAAUGACUUCCAGGUGAAGCCCUUCUUUUAUGAAUCCAAUUUGUAUUAAAAGGAAUUUAUUAUUAG